GUUCCCUUUAUAAGCCACAUAACAAAUAUAUCCAUAGAGUUCAUUUUGAGCAAAAUAGUUUUGUUGUUAAUUAGUUGGCACUGCAGUUUUCUCGUGUUUCCAUUUCUUCAAAAUCAAAUUGUGAAUGCCAAAUGUACAAAAAGAGUUCAAGAAAUGGCUUUCUCUGAAACAUUUCCACUUCAAAUUACACUACCCACCUCCUCAUUUCUAGACAUAGGCACUGUAGUUGCCAUUACUGUGUUUGUGAGCCUCCUCUGUGCUUGCAUAGUGAUUGGUCACCUCCUUGAAGAGAACCGCUGGGCGAAUGAAUCAAUCACUGCCCUUUUGCUGGGUUUGGUUUCUGGGGUCGUUGUUUUAUUGUUUAGUAAGGGCCAAAGCUCGCGCAUCCUCGUCUUCAAUGAAGAUUUGUUCUUCAUCUAUUUGCUGCCCCCGAUCAUUUUCAAUGCUGGAUUCCAGGUCAAGAAAAAACAGUUCUUUGAGAACUUCUCAGUAAUUUUGUUGCACGGGAUAUUUGGUACGAUAAUAUCGUUCUGCCUCAUUUCACUUGGUGCUAUGUUUCUCUUUCGAAGGAUUGGUGUUACAGCACUGAAACUACAAGAUUACCUAGCUAUUGGUGCAAUUUUGUCAGCAACAGAUUCAGUUUGUACAUUGCAGGUUCUCAAUCAAGAAGAAACACCCUUCCUUUACAGUGUUGUAUUCGGGGAGGGAGUAGUGAAUGAUGCUACCUCUAUUGUGCUUUUCAAUGCUGUCCAAUCAAUCGACUUCAGGAACAUUGAUGUCAUCACAGCUUUAAACUUGUUGUGGACCUUCCUGUACCUCUUCUUCACUAGCACUGCUCUUGGCAUAGCAGUUGGUCUUUUAAGUGCUUACGGAAUAAAGACACUUUACUUUGGGAGACAUUCCACAGAUCGUGAAGUUGCAAUUGUGUUGCUCUUGGCUUACUUAUCAUACAUGAUUGCUGAGCUCUUAAAUCUUAGUGGGAUCUUGACAGUUUUCUUCUGUGGCAUUGUAAUGUCGCAUUACACAUGGCACAAUGUUACUGCAAGCUCUCGAAUAACAACCAAGCACGCAUUUGCAACAAUUUCAUUCAUUGCAGAAACUUUUAUAUUUCUUUAUGUGGGUAUGGAUGCUCUGGACAUUGACAAAUGGAAAGGCAGCCAUGCGAGUGUAGGAACUUCAAUAGCUGUCAGUUCCACUUUACUUGCACUUGUGCUGAUUGGAAGGGCUGCAUUCGUGUUUCCUAUUGCAAAUAUUUAUAAUUGCACUGUAAAAAGAGAGGGUGACAAAAUUGAGGUCCGGAAACAGUUUAUCAUAUGGUGGGCUGGCCUGAUGAGAGGUGCAGUUACUAUCGCAUUGUCUUACAACCAGUUCACAGAAACUGGAGGGUCAUCGUCAACCGAGCAUUCUCUGAUGAUUACUUCUACCAUAAUUGUCGUUCUGUUUAGUACAGUGGUGUUCGGUUCAAUAACAAAGCCCCUGAUUGGAGCAGUGAUGCUAAGACACCCAAAACUACCGAGUUCAGAUGAAACCGACUUUACUAGCCUAGAAGACUUGCAACUAUCAUUCAUUGAUAAGGGAGGCCCAAGUAAUAAUAGCAGCAAUCACCCAAUUACUAGGAGAAGUAGCUUGAGUAUGCUGAUUAAAUAUCCUACUUCCACAGUUCACUACUUUUGGAGAAAAUUUGAUGACAAAUUCAUGCGGCCAGUCUUUGGAGGACGGGUUUUUGUUCCAUUGGCUACAAGUUCACCAACAAGUCCAAGAGAUGGAACUUCUUGAACAUUAAGCUUUGAACUUGUUAUAUCAAGUUUGUUUUCUUUCUAAAAGAUGUAGAACAAGGAAGCUACGAGUCAUUUUUCUAUAAACUGCAGCUUCUUCUAUCGUUUUUACAUAUGAGGAAGCUUGUUAGAGAAAUCAUUGGAUGAAAUAAUCAUGUUAUUUGUUUUAUCAUAACACAGGAAUCAUUGUUGGAGAACCAAGGAUGUUUUUAAGAUCUGUGUUUUUCUUGAAGCUGCGGGAAUAUAAAUCAAUGUAUCAUAAUGGUGUCAUUCUGUAUUUCGGGUUAAAGUGUUGAUGGGCAGUUUUAGAAAUUUGUAUUAUAAACACACUUUUCAA